ACGUUAAAGAUAGGCGACGUUAGCGGGUAUUAUUGUUAACCUAUUGAUAUGUCUUGCUGAGUAUAGUGUAAUUUCAGGAAAUCUCUUUUGACAAAUUUGUGUCGUCAUAUUUACGUUUACUUGGACGAAAAUGUCCACUUUACCGGAGUCACUGACCAACGAGGGCUGGUAUCUCAGUGAUGAAGGCAUUGCUGAAUUGAAAGGAUCUGGUGAGAACAUUACGCCUAAGGAUAUUAUUCGCAUUGCACUCGAUACUGAUCUCAGACUGAUUGGAAGAAAAAUUCUGCCACCUGAUAUCAACAGUGGAAGGGUUGAAAAGCUGGAGGGUCAAUGUGUUCUCCAGCUGCAGAAGUUGAGGAAUAUCUCUGUGCCAAAAGACAUAGAGUCCCAGGGAGGGCUACGAAUGCUGCGCCUUCAAAUGACAGAUGGCCAUACCACCUGUUCUGGAUUGGAGUUUAAACACCUGACCAAAAUCAGCCUUAAUACUCCCCCUGGAACAAAAAUUAAGCUCCUAGGUACAGUCCUGGUUAGGAAUGGGUUUUUGCUGCUCGAUGACUCAAAAAUGUCAAUUCUUGGUGGAGAGGUUGAACACAUGGUGGAGAAAUGGGAACUGCAAAGGAGUCUGGCCAAACACAGCAGAAACAACAUCGGAGCAGAAGGUGGGCCACCUCCUUUUUUGGCAUUUGGCCAGAAGAAUGCAAAGAAGGAUGAAGUGGACAGCGAAGCGCUUGACCAGAGGAAAACCAUUCAGAGUGUAGUCAAACUUACUGAUGAGAAUGACGAGUUUGCAAAACAUCGAACAGCAGCUAUUGCUGAGGUGGCCAAGGGCAAAGAGGGUCCCCGUAUAUUCGGUGGAGGAGGAAAUGCAGGAAGUAAUUUAUCCACCACUACUUUAAGGAAACGUGACAAGCAUAGGCGGGAAGACAGGCUUGAAAGACAUGAAAACAGAUGGGAUGGAAACUAUCGAGAGCUGGUGGACGAGCGUGCCCUGAGAGACAUCAUAGACAUGGGCUUUAACAAGGAGGCAGCCAGGCAAGCCUUAAUGGAUAAUAAAAAUAAUCUUGAGGUGGCACUAAACAGUCUCCUGACGGAAUCUUCUGGUAGCAGAGCCAACCCUUUGGUCACAGACAAGCCUCAGCCCAGAGGAAGAGGAAGGGGUCGAGGCCGGUUCAGAAAUGAUGGUGAGGAGGAGGCUGGAGGAAGGCCCUCUGGACCAAGUACUCUUUUUGACUUCCUGGAAUCGAAGAUGGGUGUUUUUUCCAUUGAUGAGUCAAAAAGCCAGGCUCCUCAGAGACAUGAGAAUAAAGAUAAUUGGCACGGUUCAGACUAUUACCCCAAAGAAGCCUCUCACACCAAGUUCACCUCACAUAAUGAUCAUAGACAAAAAAAGGGUGACAGGCCACCCCGCUUCCACAGGGACACAGACUUUCCCAAACCAGGGCAGGAGCCAUUCUCGAACUGUAUAAACCCCCAAACUUCAUCAGUCCAGCAGUGGAGGGGCCAGGAUGGGUUGUCACAGGGACCACCAGACAGACAACCGAAUGACAAGAAAGAGACUGAUGAUGAGCAUAUUAUUGCCUCUUCCUUUACACCAUCUUUUACUCGUUCCAAGGAAACUCAAAAACAGACAGAGUCAGUUGGAUCAUGUCCACAGCGAUCAAGAAAUGGUGAUGGUGGAAACAUGGCUGGAUCAUUUCUCCGGAGAGGGGCAAAGGACAAUACACCCUCAUCUAAACUGGCGAAUCCUUCAGGAAAUGACAACCCAAACAACUUCAGACGAAAGGGGAAAACUGACCGACCCGACUACUUUGGGCGUCAAAGGGAUAGUGUUCCACCAAACUCGAGGGGAGGAAAUUUCAGAACGUCCUGUGAAGUAGAAAUGUUACAGGAUUCACAAUUCUUGACAGGGUGUCCAUCUAAUUACCAAAAUGGAGAUGUGGUGCCUAUAAGAACUGGGCCAAUCAAGCCAACAAAUACACCUGGUCCUGCCCAUAGGGAGCAACCUCCUAAGAGGAACAGUCAUAAUAAUCCUGGUCCCAAAAGAAAGUUUGGGCAAGGUAAAGGUCAAGGUCCUCGAGGGAUAGUGAAAAUUCCUAAUGUAGGUCAGACAUGGAAACCUGGAGAUCAGUGCCUUGCUCUGUACUGGGAAGACACUAAGUUCUACCAUGCCACAAUAGAUGCCGUGCAUCCAUCAGGCUCUACAGCUGUAGUUGUGUUUAGUGAUUAUGGAAACUGUGAAGAGGUCCUCCUUCAUAACCUCAAGCCUAUUUCUGCUGACAUCACGACGCAAAGACGAUCGGGAUUGGUCUUUCCCAAGUCCGUCUCCACCCCCACCCGGCACAGCGCAUAUUUGGAAUGACUCGUGAAUGUGUAAAGUAUUGAUGUGUUGCCUAUGUAUUACCAACCUCUUCAUCAGCUCUGCAGUUUGAUAACCUUUAAAGCUACACAUGAAAUGCUUUGUGCCCCUCUAGAGGAGGCUAGCCUUUCCCAUAUUAAACUUUUGCUCUGCAUGCAUGCGUCCCACCUGAUUCCUUAUUCUCAUAUACCUUUUCAUGGCUGGCAGCCAUUGUCUUGCGUUUUACCUGACCCUCCAUCUCCACCAAGGUACCUUUGUGGGAGUGAUAUCUGAACCCUGUGAUCCCCUUUAAAUGUCCUUUCUCGUGCCAUUUGUACAUCAACUCGAACAACACAAACCUUUCUGUCCCUUCUGAAGAACGAAAAAAAAAGUAGACCAGAAACGAGCUUGCAUAAGUCCCUGGAAUGUAUUUUUUGUUUGCAGAUUUAAAGCUUUUUGUUGCAAAGAAAAAGUGCUCUAGGAUUAAUUUGAUUGUAAAACUGAUGAAGUUAGUGUUUUACUGUCAUGCAACUGUUUUUUCACUCCACCUUCUUCUGUACAUUGUCAGAAUAUACUAUAAUAUAUAUAAAAUGAGUGAUCAAAAUCUAAAUACUGUAAUAGAUUUUAUUUCCGUACACACAAAUGCAUAAUAAUAAAAUAAUAAUGAUAAUAAUGGCUUAGUUUUACUCUAGUACUUUUCAAGGCACCCAUGGUCACUUAACAGUGACUCAUGGGUUGAUUAAAAUGGAUCUAGUGUACAUGUGCGUGUGUGUGCGUGCGUGUGUGUGUGUGUGUGCGUGCGUGCGUGUACUGUUGAACUUUAUGUGGAAAUGGAACCAUAGCUUGGAGCAUGUACUGUUGAACUUUAUGUGGAAAUGGAAUCAUAGCUUGGAGUCCAGAAUUCAGGAGUAUGGUGGAUGGAGCAGCAGUUAAUCUUUAUUUGGGAUUUCCCCAACUGUACUGAUAAAUGCGUCAGGGGCCACAACCAGAAGCUAUGGCUUGUCUGUGUUUAAAUUGUGUAGGUUUAAACUCAUCCAGGUUCUUAUGACAGACAGGCAGUUGACCAAUAAUGGCAGGGGGAUCUGAGUUUGGGUGUGUGCUGAUGAAAGGUCACUCCAUGCUGGUGGAUAAUCUGAUCUAGGGUUUGCCUGGAGCUAUGGAGAGUGACCAACCGUUCUGUUUGAUCGGUAUAAUUCAAACCAGGAAGUAACUGUUCUAUUCCAAAUCACUUUUGGGGUGACAAAGAAAAUGCUGCUUUUGACACGUUCACAGGUGCACAGAAGUUGGUGGACUUCUUGCAACACAGAUGUGAAGCUGUUCUCAAAAACAGUGUUUAUACAGCUAAAUACUAGUUCAGUGAUUAAGAACAAAGCUAAAUAUUGAAACACUUUUUAAGUUUAUCCAAUAAAUGAUUGACUUUGUAAAGAAAAAUGCAGAUGCAAAUUUUUUUUUUAACAGUCCAAUAUUACUUUUUCUUCACCUUGUGAUGAAUAGAAUGCACAGUGUUCCCAGUGCAUUUGGGUGUAUCAUUGAAUUGAGCUAUACUCGCACUGCUAGCACGGCACUGCAUCACACUGCUACAGUAUUUAGCUAACUAUUUAUGCAAUAAGCACACAUAGGUAAUGAGCAAACACUGCAUGUAAUUUUGUUAGUGCUCAUGAAUGUGAAAUAAAUGCAUGUAAACUUUUUUUGUCCACAAUAAAGCCCACCCAACCUUGUGGUUGAUGUCCAUGUGGUAUUGCAUGCAAACAAGUGACUUCAUCUGAAUGCUUUGUUGGCAUCUCUUCGAUAAUGCUAUUUGAAUUGCAAAAUGUCACUCAUGCAGUGAAAAUUGUAACCGAUGCACUGAUGGAGAAAAAACAGAAACAUUUGCAUAGAAGCAACCAGAUGUUCCAUUGACCUGGGCCACGAUAGCUUACCUCCUUUGAAUUUGGUUUCAAACAUGGCCUGCACGUUAAAAGAAUCUGAGUUUUACUUUAUUUUUUUACCUCGCUUGGGACCCGGUGUAACUGCUGAGAUUUAUUUUA